GGAGCAUAAACCUACUCACCUUAUUAGCUAUCCAACAUCAGCGUAAGAAAAUGUCUGUUCAAGUUUCAGCCACUGCAACCACUCGUCGGUCAGCAAAUUUUCAACCUAGCAUUUGGGGCAACCACUUCCUUUCCUAUGAUAAUGAUAAUAAUUUCAUGGAAACAAGUGACAGAAUGGAGCAUGAAACACUCAAGGAACAAGUAAGGAAGAUGCUAAUGGAGAGUACCGAUACAUUAGAAAUUAUCGACGCAAUCCAACGGUUAGGCGUUUCAUACCAUUUCGAAACAGAGACGGAUGAAAUCUUAUUAAGAGAGGCAAAUACACUUAGCAAUGGCUCUCAUCUCGAUGACAAAGCCGAACUACAUGACAUUUCUCUCAAAUUUCGAUUACUUAGACAACAAGGCUAUAGCAUGUCAUGCGAUGUUUUCAACAAGUUCAAGGACAACAAAGGGAGGUUCAAAGAUUCACUAGUGAAUGAUGCUCGAGGAAUGUUAAGCUUGUACGAAGCUACACACUUGCGAGUGCAUGGAGAAGACAUAUUAGACGAAGCACUUGCUUUCACUAGUGCUCAUCUUCACUCCAUGGCUACCCAAUUGAACUCUCCGCUUUCCGAUCAAAUUAAUCAUGCUUUAAAACAGCCUAUUCAUACUGGCUUGCCAAGACUUGAGGCCAGGAAUUACUUAUCUAUCUAUCAAGCAAGCUUCUCAUGUAAUGAAGUUUUACUCUCUUUUGCCAAGUUAGACUUCAAUCUAUUGCAAGAGCAGCAUCAGAAAGAGCUUUGCGACAUUACAAAGUGGUGGAAAGAAUUGGAUUUUGCGAACAAGCUACCAUUUGCAAGGGACAGAGUUGUAGAAUGCUACUUUUGGAUUUUGGGGGUUUAUUUCGAGCCCCAGUUUACACAGGCCAGAAGAAUUUUGACGAAAGUCAUAGCUCUGACUACCAUUAUUGAUGAUAUCUAUGAUGUCUUUGGUACUCCCGAAGAACUUGAGCUCUUCACAGACGCAAUUCAGAGGUGGGACCCAAGUGCCGAAGAGAAUCUGCCUGAUUAUAUGAAAGAAUUCUACAUGGCCCUUCUCGAUGUUUAUUCGGAAAUUGAGGACGACAUGCUCAACCAAGGAACACUCUAUCGUUUUCACUAUGCAAGAGAAGCGAUGAAGAAUCAAGUUGAAGCCUAUUUUGUUGAAUCCAAAUGGUUCCACCAAAAAUAUGUACCAACAAUGGAGGAAUAUAUGGCGGUCGCAUUAGCUACCUCAGGCUACGAGUUGCUGGCUAUCACAUCCCUUGUUGGCAUGGGAGAUAUCGUUACCAAAGACUCAUUUGAUUGGUUAUCCAACAAACCCAAUAAGAUUUUAAUUGCCUCACAAACAAUCAGUAGACUCAUGGAUGACAUUGUGUCCCACAAGUUCGAGCAAAAGAGAGGGCAUGUUGCGUCGAGCAUAGAGUGUUACAUGAAACAAUAUGGUGCGACAGAAGAAGAAGCUGUCGGAGAAUUUCGAAGAAAAAUAGAGUAUGCAUGGAAAGACAUCAAUGAAGAGUGUCUGAAUCCAACCUCAGUGGCUAAGGCUGUCCUGACGAGGAUCUUGAAUCUUGCAAGGGUAAUGGAUGUUGUGUACAAGGAUGGAGAUGGCUUUACUCAUGCUGGACUUGAGUUAAAACAUUUUGUAUCUUCUCUACUCGUUGAUCCUGUACCACUUUAACGAGCUUUAAGAAGUUUCAAUUUAUUAAAAUGGCUUAUUGCCAAUUUGCACCUACUAAAAUUCUAGUCUAAUAGUAAUGUAUGAUUUUGACAUGAUUUUAAACUCAUGUAAAUCUAUUUUUCAGUUUUCUCA